CACACAGUCACUGAAACAGAAAUUCUCCCAAAUCAAUGCAACGCCACCUCUGCUAUAUGCAUAAUUCCAAUUCGGAGAUUUUGUAGUAAUCUCAAUUCCCUUUCAUAUUUGUUGAGUGGGUAAAGUGGUGAGAUGAUGGAGAUCACAGAAGAAGAAGCAGUGAUUGUCAAUUCCAGUAGAAUGAAAUCGGUUGUGUGGAACGACUUCGACAGGGUUAAAAAAGGCGAAACUUUUGGUGCUAUCUGUCGCCAUUGUAAAAGAACACUCAGCGGAUCGAGUACCAGUGGGACGUCUCAUUUGAGAAACCAUCUGAUCAGGUGUCGUAGACGUUCGAACCAUGAUAUAAGCCAGCUGUUGACGAGGGGAAAGAGGAAGCAAACCACUCUUGCCGUUGCCAACUUUAGUUGUAAUCAAUCUGCCGUGAGGAAUGAGAUGGUUACGGUUGCAAGUGCAAAUUUUGAACAAGGGGUGGAAGUUAGAAAUAUGAAUGUGGGAAGCUUAUGUAUUGAUCAAAGGCGGAGUCAGCUGGAUCUUGCGCGUAUGAUUAUAAUGCACGGAUAUCCUUUGGGUAUGGUUGAGGAUGUUGGCUUUAAAACCUUUCUUCAAAACCUCCAGCCGUUGUUUGAUUUUGUGACAGUUAAUGGAAUUGAGGCUGAGUGUAUAGAGUUAUAUAAAAGGGAGAAACAAAGAGUGUACGAGGAGUUGGAUAAAUUACCUGGGAAGGUCAGCCUUAGCGCAGAUAGAUGGGCUACGAAUAGAGGCUCGGAUUAUCUCUGCUUGGUAGCACAUUACAUUGAUGAUUCUUGGGAAGUAAAGAAGAAGAUUUUAGACUUUUUUUCUGUUGAUCCUUCUGAAGCGGAAGACAUGCUCUCAGAAUUGAUCAUGACAAGUCUUAGGAAUUGGGAUAUCGAUCGAAAGUUGUUCUCACUGACUAUUGAUAAUCUUGUGACAUACGACAAAAUUGUAUAUAGCAUCAGAGACCAACUCUUUCAGCAGAGGUUCCUUAUGUGUGAAGGACAAUUAUUUGAUGUAAGAUGUGCGGCAAGUACGGUGAAGUUAUUGGUCCGAGAUGUCCUGGAGACGUCACUUGAGAUAACCAACAAAGUGCGGAAAACCAUACAGUACAUUGAAGGUUCUCGCGAAACACAAGAAAAGUUCAAUGAGAUAGUACAGUUAGUUGGUAUAAAUGGACAGAAAUGGUUGUCCACCGACAAUCCAUUUCAGUGGAAUUCUACGUAUGUGAUGCUCGAAACUGCUUUAGAGUAUAAAGAAGCCUUCCCUCAGCUGCAAGAACAUGAUCCUGGCUUUUCAAUGUGUCCUUCUGGCGUAGAUUGGGAUAGAUUGAGGGGCAUUACGAGCAUCUUGAAGUUCUUUCAUGAAGUGUCUAAUGUCUUUGUUGGGCACAAACUUGUCACUGCGAAUUCCUAUUUUGCUGAGAUUUGUGACAUUCAUUUACAGUUGAUAGAAUGGUGCCACAAGUCAGAUGAUUUUAUCAGCUCGUUGGCAUUGAAACUGAAAUCAAAAUUUGAUGAGUAUUGGAAGAAAUGCAGCCUGAUUAUGGCUAUUGCAGCCAUCUUAGAUCCACGAUUCAAGAUGAAACUGGUGGAGUAUUAUUACCCCCAAAUCUAUGGUGAUAGUGCUCCUGAUUGCGUGGACAUUGUUUCAAAUUGUAUGAAAGCUCUUUACAGUGGUCAUGCUAGCUAUUCACAUUUAGCUGCUCACGGUCAAAGCUCAUCUUCCGAAAGCAAUGGCAGUGUUGUUAAGGACAGGCUUAGUGGGUUCGACAGAUUUCUCCAUGAAACUUCAGCUAGCCCAAACACAAAAUCAGACUUAGACAAGUAUUUAGAGGAGCCACUCUUCCCUCGUAGUGCUGAUUUUAGUAUAUUAAACUGGUGGAAAGUUCAUGAACCAAGAUAUCCUGUGCUUUCAAUGAUGGCACGCAACAUAUUGGGGAUUCCAAUAUCAAAAGUUGCACCGGAGUCCCUAUUUGAUAUUGGAGAUAGAGUCCUUCAUCAUUCUUGGGGUGCCGAGAAGUCUGAUACUCUGCAAGCUUUGAUGUGUUCUCAAGACUGGAUACGAAAUGAAGUGGAAGAUCCCAAAACUCCGGUGUUUGCUUUGCCCGUCGAUGCAAAAUAGCAAAUCUAUGGGAUCUGCAUUUGGAACUGAGGACUAUCAUGGCUUCUUGCGAAUCUACUAAUAUAAUAAAAAGCUGUACAGGAAAGGAUGUUGUAAUUUAGAAAGUUGCACACUGCAGAUCUUCACUAGUUUGUGGGAGACUGGUCAUCCAAGUGUUAAACCCAAAUCUAGUCUUCUUGUCUAUUUACUUUGACGGCAUGUUUCUAUGGGAAGAAGAAAAUAUAACACCUAUGGAAAUUAGCCUUCGUGUAUAUAUGGAGUUCUGAAGCUCGCGCUGACGAUUUCCCAUUUCGCUUGGCAUAGAGUUUUCACCAGUCAAUCGAUCGAGCUUCUUGUUCCUUUGAGUCCAAACUACGUAGUAGUUGUUACAUAGAAGAUAAAUGUUUUGCUGCCUGUCCAAAAGUAUCAUGACUGUACAGACUAAACAUAUUCGCAGCUUCUUCAACACUUGACCACGUACAACGCUAUCAGAGACGAAAAAAGGUCAGUGAAUAUAUCUCCCCACAACCCCACCCCAUGGUUGCUUGAGAAUUAUUGGAGGUAGGCUGAGCACCCAAAGUAGGUACAAUGUUAGUGGGACCUUUCCGAUCCAUUGUUUUCUUGUCUGCUUUCGUUCUUCCGUUUAUGUCGAUACAAGCACUAUGGUUGUGCACAGUUUGGAGAGCCCACCACUCUUCACCUCUAAACACACACAAACUUUGGUUAUGCUGAAAGAAUAUCCUUUGCCAUUGUGUGGAGAUAUUUGCUCAACGAAGGUGGAAAAGUGGGAGUCUUUUUCUUUUGCAUUAAUAGAAAUUUGGUGUUUUUUUCCAUCUUUUGCUAUGGGGAAAAUCCCUUUUAUGUUAAGCACAACUGUCUAUCUCUUUUCUGACUUAUUUUGUUAGUGCUUUCUUUGUAGUCUUAUGAUUGUAUAGUAUUUGAGUUGACUAUUUUUAAGAUUCUAAUUUUGCCAAUUUUGAAACCUUGAAAAAGGGUUGUGAUUUGGUUCUUGGUUAUGAUCAAAGACAUGUGAUUGAAAGUUAUUAA